GUAAUCAUAAAGAAUAUUUAAUAAUUGUUUCUCUAGCUAACAUGUGGCCUGUCUUGUUUCAUUUUGCUUGUAUUUUUUAAAUAUGUGUAGGCUUUAAUAACUACAUAGUUGCGCUUGUAACUAUGACAAUGCUCACCAUCCAUAUCUUUUUAUGUCCCAUUAAUAAAUUAAUAAAUAAUUUUUAGCUAGUUAGGUCGGUCAUUCCAUUCGAGUUCUCGGUUAUCGUUCAUAAUAUUGCCUGUUGUGUGCGACGAUUUUAUAAGUGUAGGAGGAAGUGUAAUAGCAACAGGACUUUGUUUGGCAACCUUGCUAGCUACUAAACAUAGGCUACUGUCAGUAGCUAAUUAGAUAAGUGAAACUUAGGGCGUUUUCACGCUUGUCCCGAAUACUUCACUCUGCACCCAGGACCGAUUCGGGGAUUGUGUGAGGGAGGGGCUCAUUUAGCGCUGGUUUGCUUUCACACACAAAAACUUAAUCCGCACGGUGCUGUGCCAAAAACAAGGUACCUGAGAAAAAAAGGAAUUAAAACGUUUAUCUGGAUAGUAUGCGUUUACUCAGAAAAUACACCAAGAGGAAGAUGCGUCGAAGCAGUCGCAUUACAAAAUGAACCGAGUCUGCAUCCCCCCAGCGGCGCUGGGAGCAGAGAGUGUCCACGCUUGACCGCCCUAGAAGCGAACCCCAGACCACCGUUUUUGGAUGGACCAGAGAUCGGUACCCUGAACUGCUCGGGUUCGACACCGCUUUCUCAACAAUCACUUUCUCAAAGUUAUUGAACGUGCGGAGCAAGCUGACCUGGGUCCAGAAAAAAAUUACAGUGAAAACGCGCUUAAAUUAAAUGUGUGUGCAGUUGUUAGUUUUGGUGUGUCGUAAUACAGUUAAGAGAGUUCUUAAAAGUUCGCUAACCCAAGAACGCUAGCUGUUUUCGGUAAUAUCGUUAUCCGUACUAAUGCCGAAAAAACUGAACCCCAAGACGACGACGAAAAUCCAGGAAGUCCGGAGUGAGGACCUAUAGGCUAGCAUCAUUGGAAACAUAGGUAGGUUGCUUGGCAUAGUCAUUAUACUUAUAACAUCAUCCCAUAACAGCAUAUAAGUGAUUAGUUCCAAAGAUCACUUAUGUAAUAACCUGCCCUAUAAAUGUAACCUGUCAGUAGCUAGCUAUUUGACACAGCAAGAAGUCGUAACACUGUUCACGGAAUAUCUGUUCUAUCUGGAAGACCAAUACAAUGAGUGUAUCCUCCGUGGGGUCCAGAGAUGCCAAGAUUGUGGUGGUGGGAGCAGGAUUUGCAGGAUUGGCAGCAGCAUCUCUUCUGUUCCAGGCUGGAUUCCAGAAUGUCAAGAUCCUUGAGGGCAGCAGGCGAAUAGGAGGUAGAAUCCACACAACAAGACCAUUCAGCAAAAAUGUUAUAGAGCUUGGUGCAAACUGGAUCCAUGGACAGGAAGGAAACCCAAUUUACCAGUUGGCCAAAGAUCAUGAUUUGCUGGUUGAGGGGAUAUCAGCAAAUAAAGUGAUGUGCCAGCCCAGCUCUGUAACUCCACGUGAUUACUUUUUUAAGGAAGGUGGGAAGCUGCUUUGUGCUGGCAAUAUUGAUCAAGUGUGCUCCUUAUUCAGUAAAUUAACCUCUAAGGCCUUUGAGUCAGAACUUGAGGACAGAUAUAGAAUCCUAAGUUUGGGGGGGUAUCUUGAUGCUGCCUUUGCUGAAUCACCUUUAGCUGCUUCUGAGGACGGAUGGAGGAUUUUUGAAUGGUGCAAGAGAAGUGAAUGUACAGAUGAGGCAAGUUCUUCUCUGUAUGAAGUGUCUGCAUCAGAGAUUGGGUAUUACAUUGCUCUUGAGGGAGGCUUUUUUAACUCUUUAGGCCCUGGCGGCUACCAAGCAAUUUUAGAUGUGUUUUUGGAGAGUCUGCCAUUACAAACCAUCCUGAUGAGUAAACCUGUGAAGUCAAUCCAGUGGGACCUGAAUAAAAAAUCCCUGGGUACUGAGAGCAGAGAGAGGAGCCAUCCCAUCAAGAUAAUCUGUGAGAAUGAAGAAAGUUUCGAGGCCGAUCAUGUCAUUGUGACUGUGUCAUUAGGUGUUUUAAAACAGCAUGCAGGAGCCAUGUUUGAACCUGCCUUACCAAAAUCCAAGAUGGAUGCUAUAGAGAGGCUUGGCUUUGGCACAGUAGAUAAGAUCUUCCUAUGUUUUAGCGAGAGGUUCUGGCCAGAAGACUGUGCAGGAAUCCAACUUGUGUGGGAUGAGGGGCCUGAGGAUAAGGCAGUCUAUGGCUCACAAACUGAAGGAGAUGGCUGGAAAAAGACAUGGUUUAAGAAGAUUUGUGGCUUUGACACCGUGGCUCGCCAUCCUACAGUACUCUGUGGUUGGAUUACAGGCAGAGAGGCCCUUCAUAUGGAGACACUGCAGGAUGGUGAAGUGGCAGAUAUCUGUGUGAAACUGCUCAGGUCCUUCACUGGCUGGUCCGUUCCUGAUGUGUCCCAAGUACUAAUUUCCAAAUGGGGUUCUGACCCCUGGGUCUUUGGUUCCUAUACAUUCGUUCCCCACAUGGUAAAUGGGGUGAAGGAGCACGAGGCAAUGGCUGCACCUCUCCCCCUUCAAAGUAAACUCCCUGAGAGUAAGCCGUUGCAGGUGCUGUUUGCAGGUGAAGCUACUCAUGUGAAUUUCUACACCACCACACAUGGAGCCUACCUCUCAGGGAUCAGAGAAGCACAGAGACUCAUUAACCACUAUUCUGAUAAGGCACUCUGUCCAUAGAAGCAGAUUACCCUUUUUUCUUUCCUUAAACAAAUCACAAGACCCUGCAUUUUUACAACUGCAAUAACAGACGAUGUAUGUAAGCAUGUUCUUUGCAUUGUUCAAGGACAUGGGCUAAAGUUGUGGGAGUACAGUGAAUAAGAUUCUGUCUUGAUGUUUAGAGGUCAAAUCAUUUGGGAUCAUUUGACGUAAUGUUAGGUUUGCAGUUGCACUGAAAUUCUAGAGAUUUUAUUCCUUAUACAUUGUAUAUCCUCAUGCAUUGCAGGAUGGUGAUAGUGACAAAACUAGAAGACAAUGUCAAGCAGCAAUAAUUUGUCCUUGAGGGAACAAAAAGGAAAUUCUGAUAAGCUACAAUUUGUGAUCUUGAUUGUAAGAAACAUUAUGUAAACUGGUGUUUUCUCACUUCUUACUUUAAUGUUUUGGAGAUUUACAAAUAUGAGAUUAAAUUUAACUAAUGUCCACUU